AGAAGACGCAAGCUCGACUGGGAAGACAACAGAAAUCGAACAAGGGCACAGCCGCACAAUGCCUUUAUUGCCUUUUAGUCAGGCAAGUCAGACAUGAGUAAGUACGUACCGCAAUCCGCGCGAUGGUGAAUUUCAACGCUCCACGCGGGGCAAACAUCGAAAACCUACGCGUAAAGAGAAUGGCAUUCAUCGUCUUUCAUCGCCAAAUUCUACUAAAAUGCCUAUUAGAUUGCGGAUAACACAACUUCCCCCUGCCUUACCUAAGCUUUCACUUUACCCAUACUUUUCUUGCCUACAAGUAUGUUCCCCUCCAACGUAGGUAGCGGGAGCGGAGAUUCCCUUAUUGGCGACAGCACUGUAGCCCAGCUGAAUGCACACCCAAUGAGCUUCCCCCGUGCCGUCUAAAUCAGGCAAUAAUUGACCAAUCAGCUGUGGGCCGCAACCUCUUUCGCUCAUUUAGCAGGAAGAUACGCAGUACGUACCUCGGUACCGCUCCAGAUAGCGGAUUGCUCACAUUGAUUUUGGGCUCUCACAUUGAACAACCUCUCUCAUUGUUCAAGGGCCUUGACUCACAUCUCAUUGCUCUCUCAGUGACUUAAUUCAUAAGUAAAGACAUCCCUUUGGAAGCCAAUUGAUCUCAUCUAACAGUAUCACAGCAAUCCUCAACACUCCAACUCGUCAAAACCCAGAAACAAAACCAAAGUCUACACAAAAUUCAACCCCGCCAUGGCCUCACAACCUCCGGUCGCGGGGUCCGACGCCGCCCUCCCACUCAUCGACAUCAAACCGCUGCUCAAGAAACUCUGGCCCGUCCCGGACGCCGGCCUCGCCGUCAGCGCCGAUGAGAUCGCCGAGGCCAUCUCCCACUUCUUCACCCACCAGGUCUCCGACACCCAGGCCGCCUCCCUCCUCAUCGCCCUACACUUCACCAACCUCGACCGCCGCGCCGACGUAAUGGCCCGCUCCGCGCACUACAUGCGCCGCGCCGCCGCCAAGGUUGACUUUGACGAUCUCUCUCGCGUGGUCAAGCAAAAGAAUCUCGGCGCGGGAACCUACGCCGGCGGACUGUGCGACAUCGUCGGCACGGGAGGCGACGCCCACAACACAUUCAACAUCAGCACCACCGCCUCCAUCCUCGCCUCCUCCCUCCUCUUGGUCGCCAAGCACGGCAACCGCGCCAGCACCUCCAAGUCCGGCUCCGCGGACCUCGUCAACAACAUGCAGCCCCGCCCGCCCGUCCUCAUGGCCGUCUCCCCAGAGACAAUCUCACAAGUCUACGCCGCCACAAACUACGGCUUCCUCUUCGCCCCCGUCUUCCACCCGGGCAUGCGCUACGUCGCGCCCAUCCGCAAAGAACUCCCCUGGAGGACAAUCUUCAACCUCCUCGGUCCCUUGGCGAACCCUGUCGAGGAUAUUCUCGAGGCCCGCGUCAUUGGCGUAGCGAGAAAGGAGCUCGGCCCCGUCUUCCUCGAGGCCCUCAAGAUUAGCGGUUCGAAAAAGGCCAUGAUCAUCUGCGGCGAGGAGGAGCUGGACGAGGUCAGCUGCGCGGGUCCGACGCUGGUCUGGAGGCUCAGCGAGUCGGCUGGCGGUGAAGUGGUGGCGGAUCACUUCAAGGUGCAGCCGAGCGAUUUCGGCUUGGGAACGCACCCCCUCAACACCGUGUCCCCCGGUAAAGAGCCGGCUGAGAAUGCCGAGAUUCUGAGGAGGAUAUUGGCGGGCGAGAUGGCCGACGACGAUCCCAUUCUCGAGUUUGUGCUGAUGAACGCCGCGACGCUGUUUGUCACGUCGGGUAUCUGCGAGGCCGAGACGAGCAACAUGGGUCCAGGUGACGACGGCCAGGUGAUUACCGAAAGGGGCCCUGGCGGAGGUCGCUGGAAGGAAGGUGUGCGGAGGGCGCGCUGGGCUGUCAAGAGCGGUGAGGCCUGGAAGCAGUGGAAGGCGUUCGUCGACGUCACGAACAGCUUCAGUCAGUAGAGGUUGUGUAGAUAGAGGGUGCCAGACCAUGAUGACAAAAAGUGUGAUGACAGGGGUCAGCCAAAAUAAAAAGGAUAGCAAGGAAAUGGAAC